AUGGCGGGUGAAGUUGAAAAUCCACAGAAUACUGUUUCUGGGAUUAAUUUAAGCAGACUAAGAGAAAAAGUAAAAUUUUACAUCGAAAAGCACCAGCAUGAGUCUGCAUUGUUCUGGGCAGAUAAAAUUGUAUCACUCUCCAAUGGUAACCCUGAUGAUGUUUACUGGUAUGCCCAGACCCUGUACCUGACUGGACAGUAUCACAGAGCCUCCCAGCUCCUGAGGUCAAGAAAACUGGACAAGAACAACUCCGCUUGCCGUUACCUAGCAGCUAAAUGCCAUUUUGAAUGCAAAGAAUGGCAGACAGCAUUGAACAUACUGGAUAUGGUGGAGAACAACAGUUUCCUCCCUUCCUUCAGCAAGCACAAUCUUACAGACUCUCUCUAUGACCAGAGUCACAAAGAGGUGGAACACUCAAUCAACCUACUGAGGGGGAGGAUAUAUGAAGCCAUGGACAACAGGAACCUGGCCGUGGACUGUUUCCGGGAGGCGCUGCGACAAGACGUGUAUUGUUUCGAGGCGUUUGAUUUGUUGGUUCAUCACCACAUGUUGUCUUCCCAAGAAGAGCGGGAGUUGUUAGAUACUUUACCAUUUGCUGUCCAGUGCCCCGUAGAAGAAGUAGAACUAAUUCGAUAUUUAUAUGAAAAUAGAAUCAAAAAGUAUGACAAGCCAAAAGAGCACAGAGUUCCAGGAUCCUUGUCUUGUUUAAAUAACAAUAAAGACAUUGUUGUUAAUGUGGCCGAGAGACAUUACUAUAACUGUGAUUUCAGGGAGUGUCAUAAAAUUACAACAAAAGUGAUGAGUGAUGACCCUUACAAUACUCAGUGUUUACCCAUUCAUAUAGCAGUGUUAGUGGAACUCAGAAAAGCCAAAGAUUUGUUUUACCUCUCUCACAAGCUUGUGGAUUUAUACCCUAAUGAUCCUGUUUCCUGGUUUGCUGUGGGAUGUUACUAUUUACUGACAGAGAAGAGUGAGCCUGCUCGGCGAUAUCUCAGUAAGGCUACAACACUGGAUCGUGUGUAUGGGCCGGCCUGGCUGGCGUUUGGACACUCCUUUGCAGCUGAGAACGAACACGACCAGGCCAUGGUGGCAUAUUUCACCGCGUCACAGCUGAUGAAGGGCUGCCACCUACCACUCCUGUAUAUAGGACUAGAACAUGGCCUAACCAACAACUUCAAACUGGCCGAGCGGUUCUUCAGUCAGGCUCUCAGUAUCGCCCCAGAGGACCCCUUUGUGUUACAUGAGAUGGGAGUCAUAGCAUUCAAAAGCCAGGAGUGGAGCACAGCUGAGAGAUAUUUUAUGGACGCCCUCAGAAUUUUAGAAAAUAUUGGACGAGAAGUGAUUGUGGAAAAAUGGGAACCUCUCUUAAAUAAUCUAGGACACACAUACAGAAAAUUAAGAAAUUAUGACAAAUCCUUGGAGUAUCACAAACGAGCAGGAAUUCUAUCCCCUCAGAAUCCUUCCACCUACUCUGCCAUCGGAUAUACGUACGUCCUCAAGGGAGACAACUUAAUGGCCGUGGACUAUUUCCAUAAAGCACUUGGGAUUCGUCGAGAUGAUCAAUUUUCCACCACUAUGCUGUCUAGUGUUAUAGAGACCUUAAUGUCCGAGAUGGACCCCUGUGAAGGUGCUUCAGAAGAUUUCCCAGCAUUCCCUACUCCGGGGAAGUUAGAGUUUUCUCACAGCAGUAGUCAGGAACUGAGCGACCUUGACAUUAACCCUGAGGACAACUCAAGCAUGGCCAUAGAAGAAGUAGAAAUGGAUGACUGACUUGUGUUGAACCCUGAGUGAUUGGUUGGAAUUUGAAGGCUCAUCUCAUAGAGAGAUGAUCAUGGAAAUAUGUAUACAUCCCAGAGUGAAGGCAUACUGGCCCACUAAUGUAUUUUAUCCACAUGUUGAAUAUCCAAUAAAUUUUCCAGGAAGUAGCAAUGGGUCUCAUCAAAUCAUUUUAAACUAGUGCUAAUUGUAACGGG